AUGGCUGUGCACGCUGCCUAUACCAUCCUCAUCCUUCCGCUUCACAGCAGCCGAGAGGCCUUGACCUUCUACCUGUGGCUUCGCCGGAUGAAGGAGCUGGAGCAGGAAAGAGAUGCUCUGCUAGAUGGAGUUCAGCUGGUGGACAAAGCACGGGAUUGGUACCGGGAACGUCUACAUGAAGCAGAACAGAAGAGGGAAUGGCAGUGCACAUUGGAUCAGGCGCCUCCUCCUCCCCUCCUUGGAUCAGCUCUUUUGGUACAGAUUCAGGAAGUCAACAAAUUCUUGAAUGACCUAAUUUCCUAUCCAGAAAAGGGACAUCGGCGGCAGUCCCCAUACAGCACUAAACACUCUGAUACCAUCGCCUCACUGCGAUAUCAAAACCAGCUGCUAACACGGGAGAUAUCGAUACAGAAUGAGAGAAUGUGGAAGCUGCAGAGAGAGAACGAAGCACUAUACAGGGAACUGGAGGAUCGCCAUCUACACAGAGCUACAUUCAUCUAA